GCUCAUUGUAGGGAGGGAUGAGAGUGUGUGCAGCCGCCGUGUGAGUCUGGAAGUGUGUGUCCGUGUGCGUGUGUGUGUGUGGACCCCCUCCGCCUUAACUAGCUGGUCAGCUCUGGGGGGAUUAGUAAAGGCAGCUCCGCUAACGCACGCACUAACGCACGGCGCAUUGCAAAACGUGAAUCAUGCUCGUCGUCAUUACUACGGACUGGGAGUGGAGCCGAAAUUGUGCAAGAUACGGAUAACAGCACAUUAAGAUCCGCGGAUCGAGUCAAGUUUCCAGGUCGUGUGUUUUGUUCCGUGGAAAUGCCUCACCAGGGGCUCUCCUGCCGCCGCUGCCGCCGCCGCCGCUUCUCGGACCCGACGCGUAACGCAGCUCCCCUCACAUGUGCUUUAUGUUGAACCAGUGACCACCAGGACCUGGAGAGACCCAUAAGGAGCCUGAGAGGGUCCCACCAAGGGGCCAAGAAAUAAAUAAAGAAAAGAAAAAAAACCUCAAAGGGUGUGCGGAUAUUCUCUGAGUGGAGAUUUCUCAAGUGGACCAGAAGGAAAAGUUGUACUUGUUGGUCCAAAGCGCAGCAGAGGAAACAUGGGGAACGCAGGGAGCAUGGACCAGCACACGGACUUCAGAGGACACAACAUGCCUCUGAAACUGCCCAUGCCCGAGCCAGGUGAACUGGAGGAACGGUUUGCCAUCGUUCUGAACUCGAUGAAUCUUCCUCCAGACAAAGCCAGACUGUUGCGGCAGUACGACAACGAGAAGAAGUGGGAACUCAUCUGUGAUCAGGAACGGUUCCAAGUGAAAAACCCCCCUCACACAUACAUCCAGAAACUGAGGAGUUAUCUCGACCCAGCAGUCACAAGGAAGAAAUUCAGACGGAGAGUUCAAGAGUCCACCCAAGUACUAAGAGAACUGGAAAUUUCAUUGCGGACCAAUCAUAUAGGGUGGGUGAGAGAAUUCUUAAAUGAAGAGAACAAAGGCCUGGACGUGCUGGUGGAGUAUCUUUCUUUUGCACAGUAUGCCGUCACCUUUGAUGGAGACUGCCUGGAGAACAACCCUGAGGUGGCCAUGGAUAAGUCAAAGCCCUGGAGCCGUUCGAUAGAAGACCUGCAUGGAGGAAGCACUUUGCCGUCACCCAUCACCGGGAAUGGCCUCACCCGAGCUGGGCGACACUCUACGUUACGUUGUAACACGCUGCCCAGCCGCAGAACGCUGAAAAACUCCAGACUGAUCUGUAAGAAAGAUGACGUCCACGUCUGCAUCAUGUGCCUGCGUGCUAUCAUGAACUACCAGUAUGGCUUCAACAUGGUCAUGUCACACCCACAUGCUGUGAAUGAAAUUGCACUAAGUCUCAACAAUAAAAACCCCAGGACUAAAGCUCUGGUCUUGGAACUGCUGGCGGCAGUUUGUCUCGUCAGAGGAGGCCAUGAAAUUAUUCUCUCUGCGUUCGACAACUUUAAGGAGGUGUGGAUGGAGACACAGCGGUUGAGAGUUAAUGGAGUAUUUCAAGAAUGAGACAACAACAUCGACUUCAUGGUAUGUGCAUGCAUGCAGUUCAUCAACAUCGUUGUACACUCGGUAGAAGACAUGAAUUUCAGAGUUCAUCUACAGUACGACUUCACCAAGCUUUAUCUGGACGACUACUUAGAUAAACUAAAGCACACAGAGAGCGAUAAGCUGCAGGUUCAGAUCCAGGCCUACUUGGAUAAUGUGUUUGAUGUGGGAGCCCUUCUUGAGGACGCAGAGACCAAAAAUGCCGCUCUGGAACGAGUCGAGGAGCUGGAGGAAAACAUGUCACACAUGACAGAAAAGCUGCAGGACAUGGAGAAUGAGGCCAUGUCCAAGAUCGUGGAGCUGGAGAAGCAGCUGAUGCAAAGGAACAAGGACCUUGAAUCCAUCAGGGAAGUCUACAAAGAUGCCACUUCCCAGGUGCACUCAUUACGGCAGGUGUUGAAGGAGAAGGACGAGGCCAUCCAGCGACAGUGUAACCUGGAGAAAAAGAUCCACGAGCUGGAGAAGCAGGGCACCAUCAAGAUCCACAAGAAGGGAGACGGAGACAUCUCCAUCCUGCCCUCGCCGCCCUCGGGCCCUGUGGGUAUGCCCGGUGCUGUGAUGGGGCUAAAUAAUGCAGCGGUCAGUCCCAACCACGUCGGAGUCAUAGCAGGAAGUGGCGCUCCCCCACCCCCGCCUCCUCCACCCCCUCCUCUGCCAGUGAACGGCACAUUACCAAAUGGACCGUCAGCGAUUCCUGCAGCAGCUCCACCACCUCCACCACCGCCUCCUCCUCCUCCACCGCCGCCUCCACCACCAGGACCAGCCUCGGCGAUGUCGGUCCCUUUGCCGCCUCCGCCUCCACCUGGAGCUCCACCUCUGCCUGGCUGUGGGACUCCUACUGUCAUCAUGAACUCUGGGUUAGCAGCAGUAAAUAUCUAUCAAAAACCCAUCAAGACAAAGUUCCGCAUGCCGGUCUUCAACUGGGUCGCCCUGAAACACCAGAUCAAUGGGACCGUCUUCAACGAGAUCGAUGAUGAGAGGAUCCUCGAGGAUCUGAAUGUGGAUGAGUUCGAGGAGAUGUUUAAGACAAAAGCCCAGGGCCCGUCGAUUGACCUCAACAUGAACAAGCAGAAGGUCAUCCAGAAGGGACCCAACAAGGUGGCGCUGCUGGACUCCAACAGGGCCAAGAACCUGGCUAUCACACUGAGGAAAGUGGGCAAGACGCCUGAGGAGAUCUGCAAGGCCAUUCAGUUGUUCGACCUACGGACUCUGCCGGUGGACUUUGUCGAAUGUCUCAUGCGUUUCCAACCCACUGAGAACGAGAUUAAAGUCCUGCGACAGUUUGAGAAGGAGCGUAAGCCGCUGGAGAGUCUGACGGACGAGGACCGCUUUAUGAUGCAGUUCAGUAAGAUUGAACGGCUCAUGCAGAAAAUGACCAUCAUGGCCUUCAUCGGAAACUUCUCCGAGAGCAUUCAGAUGCUGACACCGCAACUUCAUGCAGUCAUUGCAGCGUCUGUAUCCAUUAAAUCAUCACAGAAACUCAAGAAAAUCUUAGAGAUUAUCCUGGCACUUGGAAACUACAUGAACAGCAGCAAAAGAGGAGCAGUUUAUGGAUUCAAGCUGCAAAGUUUAGACCUGCUACUCGACACCAAGUCGACGGACCGUAAAUUAACCCUGUUACACUACAUAGCCAACGUGGUGAAAGAGAAGUACAAUCAAGUUUCCCUCUUUUACAAUGAACUGCACUAUGUGGAGAAAGCUGCAGCAGUGUCGCUGGAGAACGUCCUGCUGGAUGUGAAGGAGCUGCAGAGAGGCAUGGAGCUGACCAAAAGAGAGUACAGCAUGCACGGCCACAACACCAUGCUCAAAGACUUCAUCACACACAACGAGGCCAAGCUGAAAAAACUGCAGGACGACGCCAAGAUUGCACAGGAUGCCUUCGACGAGGCGGUGAAAUUCUUCGGGGAGAACUCCAAAACCACGCCGCCGUCUGUCUUCUUCCCUGUGUUUGUGCGAUUUGUCAAGGCUUACAGGCAAGCAGAGGAGGACAAUGAGCAGAGAAAAAGACAAGAACAACUGUUGAUGGAGAAACUACUGGAACAGGAGGCUAUGAUGGAAGAAGACCAGAAAUCUCCAUCACAUAAAAACAAACGUCAGCAACAGGAGCUGAUCCAGGAGCUGAGGAGGAAACAGGUUAAAGACAGCCGCCAUGUCUACGAAGGCAAAGACGGAGCCAUUGAGGACAUUAUCACGGUGCUGAAGACCGUGCCCUUUACCGCCCGCACAGCCAAGCGCGGCUCUCGGUUCUUCUGCGAGCCCACCCUCAAUGAGGAGUACCAUUACUAAGCUUAUAGAACUCUGUCUCUUCUCAAAGAUUUGAGGAAUCAGCCUUACAGGCGAGCCGACGCUGUGCGGAGGAGCGUCAGGAGACGAUACGAUGAUCAGAACCUACGGCCGGUGAACAACGGCGAAGUGGUCAUGUGAUGAGGGAACAGUGCAUGUGCUGGGGG